AUGUGGCGGCGGCGGCCGCGGCACCUCCCGCCCGCUCCGGGCGCCUGCGCCGCGCCCCGCCAAGGACGGGGGGAAGAGUUUCGUAACCGGCGCAUGCGCGCGGGAGCCGCAUCCCCGCUCGAAAAAGGCCUCUCUUCGCUAGGGUACCAUCUGUGCAACUACACCCUGACCAAAAGUGUGCUUAAAAUGGUUGCCUACCAAAAGUCCUAUGAGAAGAAGACAUCCUGUGGAAGGUGGAUCCCGUGGAUGGUGUGUCCCCAGACACACCACAGAACAGAGUUCCACAGUGUUGAAGUCCCUGAAACCAUCACUCUCACAGAUUGCUGUGAAGGAUAUGAGCAAGUUGGACUCUACUGCUCUCUAGGGAGGAUGUUCUGGUACAACGUGACAGUGCUUGUGAAAAUGGAUUUUAAUGAAUUGAUCUGGGUGGAUUCCCACCUUCUGAAUCAUUCCCGCCUUCUGCACUCCGUGAUCACUGGUGCAUUGCAGCCCCUGAAUGCCUCUGUGCACCACAUCCAGAGUGACCGUGGGGACAUCUACGCUGGGACAGUGGCCUCCCAGCUUCUCCUGGGCAUGCACCAUCCAGCUCCUCUGGCAGAGGUUUCCUCCUCCCUGAAGGCCAUGGUGGAGCGCGUGUAUGAAGUGAUUGACGCACAAGUGCAAGAUGUCAAUGAAUGCUCCUAUGCUGAAUUCAAUGCUUGCCCUGAGAAAAGCAGCUGUGUAAACCUGGAGGGUUCUUACAGCUGCCACCCCCAGCAUGACCAUGGCACUGUCAUCCCUCACUGGCUGAGCCCCAGGAAGGAAGUUACAAACCAUCGAAUCCUCAGCGUUACCAGCAACAGCUUUGGAAUGUCCUGGCUUGUCAGUUCCACUCUGAACCACACUUUCCAAGUCCGGGUGGCCAAGGGCAAUGAAACUGUGCAAAACCUGAAGACAGAGGAAUUGCAGCUGGAUGUGUCUCACCUGGAAGCAGGUGUGAUGUAUUCAGUAGAGAUCAGUUAUGAAACUUGUGGAAAAACCAUUAUCUCCCGUCAAAAUGUUAAAACAGAGGCCAAGAUAUUUGAUGUUACUAUGAGGAUUCUCAACUACAACUUCACUGAUGAUUUCCAUAAUUCCAGCAGCUCAACAUAUGAGGAAUUUUCAAGGCUGUUGCUUACAGAGCUUGAAAAUUCAUUCCCACCCAACAUUUCUGCCUUGUACAAAUCUGGGAAGCUCAAAGUGCAGAUUGAAUCUCUGGCAGCAGGAAGCAUCGUUGUGAAGCUCAGAAUCACCGUGCAGGAUCCUGAGUUUCCAGUGGAUGCCUCCACAUUUGCCCCAGUGCUUUCCAACCUGCACAAUGGCUCUGUGCUUGUGGUGGAUCAGCAAAACACUGCAGUAGAAGACUGGGAUGAAUGUGCUUCCCUAGAGAAUGACUGCUCUGUGUUUGCAGAGUGCAUCAAUUUGAUGGGCUCCUACACGUGCAGGUGCAAGACAACCAUGGAUACCAAUCCAUCCCGACCUGGAAGAAACUGUGAGGGUGAGAUUGUGGAUCCUUUUACUGAAACCGUGGCUCCUGAAACAAGAACCAGCAUGGACUUGGCUCCUGAAGAAGGCAGAAGCCCUGCAGGCCCUGCUCCCGCUGCCGCCAUGGGGACAGUGGCUGCCGCAGGCCGCACGUCAAGCGCCGCCACACUCCUCCCUGCUGCGCUGGCCCUGGCUUUCCAGAAACUUAGUGGCACAGUUUGGAUAACAAACAUGGAAUACUCUCCAGGCUUUAGCAAUAACAGCAGUGAGGAAAAUCAAACCUUUGCACGGCUCUUUGUUGAUGAAGUGCAGAAAUCUCUGCCCCUUGAGGUGCUCCAGCAGAUGGAUGCUGGUCUGAUCAAAGUGCUGGUAACGGGUGUUACUAAUGGGAGCACAGUGGUAAGUUUCAAUUUGCUGCUUGCAGAAGAAGUGGAUGUCCACCACGUCAUCACCACUUUUUGUGAGGCCUUGGAAAACAGCUCCUCCUUCACCGUGGACAGGAGCAGCCUCUCCAUACACGCUCAUGUCUCCUCCCCUGCUUCACUGGACUUCUCUCCUGCUGAGCACAAAGCUCUGGAGGACACCAUGUUCUCCAGCACAGUGCUGAGUCCUCUCCCCACGGAUCCCAUGGCAACUCCAGAUAUUUCUCCUCGAGCAUCUCCAGCCCCCCUGGUCAAACCUGCCCAAGAGGUUUCCCUUAAAGACGCUGUGAGUGUGUUCUGUGAGAUUGAGAGGAUCGUCCUUGCCAUCCAGAAGAGAUUCUUGCAGCAGGAGUCUAUCCCAGAGAGUUCUCUGUUCCUGGGGGAGCCUGGCUGCAAUGUGAGCACCAGCAAUGGCACCCACGUUGUGCUGCAGGCAGGCUGGAGCGCCUGUGGCACCCAAGUUGAGACUAACAUGACUACUACUGUGGUGAGAACCACCCUUCGGAAUGAUGCUUCUGCUCAGGGAAUAAUCCACCACUUGAACGUUGCCAGUCCCAUCCACUGUGUGUUUCAAAACCAUGUCUUGACUUCCUCUGGGUACACUGCAGAAGGACCUUACACCAUCUUUGAGGAUUUGCAUGGAUCUGGAUACUUCAGAACAGAAAUGCAAUUGUUUAUUGGAAACUCCCCAGUCCCCAAAAAUUUCAGCGUCUCUGCCAGUGAGGAUGUGCUGAUCGAAGUGGGGAUGCAGAAGGCAGACAGCCAGCUCAAGGUGGUUCUCACUGACUGCUGGGCCACUCCAACCAAUAAUUCAAUGGAUCCCCUGGCAUUUGUUUUUAUCAGCAACAGCUGUCCCAUCCCAAAUACUUACACCACGCUGCUGGAAAAUGGGAAUUCAAGCAAAGCUCAGUUUAAGAUGAAAAUUUUUUCCUUUGUCAACAACUCUGUGGUUUACUUACACUGCAGAAUUCAUAUUUGUAUGGAGUCACCAGGAAGCACCUGCAGGACUAGGUGCCAUGCGAGGGCUCGGCUCCUGAAGGCUGGAGAAACCAUCGCCCUGCACAGAACAUCCUGGGGACCCCUGUGUAAAUCAGCUGGUAUUAGAGAUGUGCACUUGGUGGAUGUGGCAGCUUCUGAACUGCUCCAGUACCAGUAUAAUGUUCAGAAAUCACUGAAAACAUGA